UUUCUUCCUCCCUCUGUUCUUCAUCGAGUCCUCCGGAAGAGAAGAGAGAGACACAUUCCGCAUCAUUGGAAUUCUCUCUCUCUCUCUCUCUCUCUCUCUCUCUCUCGUUUUUGACUUCACGUUGAUUCAUCUGCACUCUCCUCAGAAUUAUCGGAGUUCAGGUUCUCACCUCGGUGUUCAUUUUCUCGGGAAAGAUUUAGGCGAGAAAACUGUCGCGCACACAUUCGGCCGUAUUUUGAGGAAAGAUCUGUGCGCUCAAAUUUGGCAGUUUGUUACAGCCAUUGGUUCGAGUGGACGGCUUCAAGUUCAAACUCAGAUCGCUGAGACUCGCAGUCGCGGCAACGAGAGAUCUAAUUAUUCUAAGCUUCGUUUGGCUUUGGAAAUUGGAAUUCAAUUCACACAAACACUUCGUUUCUCGCGAGGAAGAAGAUGAUGAAGAUGAACGGAAUCUCAGGCGAGCCGCCGGCGGCGGCGGAAUGGGAAAUGAGACCUGGAGGAAUGUUGGUACAGAAGCGAAGCGCCGAGGCGGAUCGGAACUCGGUGCCGGCACCGACAAUCAGAGUUAGGGUUAAAUACGGGUCAACUUACCAUCAAGUCAACAUUAGCUCGCAAGCCACAUUUGGGGAAUUGAAGAAAAUGCUAUCUGGGCCUACUGGGUUGCACCACCAAGACCAGAAACUGUUGUACAAAAACAAGGAGAGAGAUUCAAAAACGUUCCUUGACAUAGUAGGAGUGAAGGACAAGUCCAAGAUAGUGUUAGAGGAAGAUCCAAUUAGUAAAGAAAAGAGAUACUUAGAGAUGAGGAAAAAUGCCAACAUGGAGAAAGCUGCAAAAUGCAUAUCACAGAUCAGCUUGGAAGUUGAUAGACUCGCAGGCCAGGUGGGUGCUCUUGAAUCGAUUAUCAGUAAAGGGAAGAAAGUUGCUGAAUCGGAUGUGAUUAGUCUGAUUGAGCAGUUUAUGAAUCAAUUGCUUAAAUUGGAUGCUAUAAUGGCUGAUGGAGAUGUUAAAUUGCAGAGAAAAAUGCAGGUGAGAAGAGUUCAGAAAUACGUGGAAACACUGGAUAUGCUGAAAAUCAAGAACUCAAUGCCACACAAGAACGCAGGUCACAAGCAUAAUACCCAGCAAAAGCAAAGUCUUGCCCCAAUUGUUGAAGAGCAACCACAACGGUAUUCAAACGCUGGAGGAGUUGUGGUCACCACCAAUUGGGAGACAUUUGACUCUGCCCCCUCACCAUUAAUCCUUGCCACGUCACCACCUGCUUCCACGUCAGCCACCAGAACCACCACAACCAAUAGUAAUUCGGUUCUUCCCAGGUUCAAUUGGGAAUUAUUCAACUAAUUAAUAAAAAGUCAUGGGAGUACCACGUAUUUGUUGUUGUAAUAUGUGUCGUUUUGCUCUUGGUAGUGUCUUUUUGUUCUUCAUUCUUUUCUGUACUUAGAUAUCUUUACCAAACCCCUUUUGUUUGUCACUUAGUUCUUCUAAAGAAAAAGAAUAAAAUAAAAUAAAUGGGGUUGAUAUUAUGUGAUACGAUAGUCAUAUUAUCAUAAAAAUUGUAGCGCUCUUGUGAUUCGGCUACCAUUUGUACGGUCCAAAUUUUUGUAUGGAUAUGUAAUAUAUGUAAUUGUAAUUUCUGUUAUUGUAAAA